AUGAGUCGUGCGGGGUUUGAUCAGUAUAUCACCGUCUUCAGCCCUGAGGGCUCGCUGUACCAGGUGGAGUACGCCUUCAAGGCGGUCGCCUACUCUGGCCUGCUUACCGUGGCGGUGCAGUACCGGACGGGGGUGCUGGUGGUCACCCAGCAUCAGGUCCCUGACCGCCUUAUGCGGCCCAGCUCCGUUGCCGCGCUGUUUAACGUCGCGGAUAAUAUCGGCUGCUGUAUGACCGGACGGGCCCCGGACGGGCGCGCGAUGCUUCAACGCGCCCGCGAGGAGGCCUCCGAAUACCAUUCCCGCUAUGGCCUGCCCAUCCCCAUUCAGCUUCUGGCGAAGCGGCUUGGGGAUAAGGCACAGGUGCGCACGCAGCAGGCCGGGCUGCGCCCCAUGGGCGUCAUCGUGACGCUUAUUGGGAUGGACCAGCGGGACGAGGAUGGGGCUUGGGUGCCGCGGAUCUUCACCGUGGAUCCCGCCGGAUGGGUCGGGGGCUACCACGCCGUGGCGAAUGGGAAGAAGGAUGUCGAGGCCCUCGCUUUCUUGGAAAAGCGCCAGAAGAGUAAGCCCUUUGACGAGUUGGAUCAGAAGGAAGCCGCAAUGAUCGCAUUAGCUGCGGUGCAGACCGCAGUGGGCGCGUCACUGAAGGCAUCCGAUUUAGAAGUGGGUGUUUGCACGCUGGAGAACAGAAACAUGGCGUUGGCCUCAAAGGAGCAGGUUGAGGAUUGGUUAACGGCCGUCGCAGAGGCAGACUAA